CGCGCCGCGGCUCCGCCAGCCCAGUCCGCAUCAAAAUACGGCCACACAAUAUGGCGGCGCGGCGGCCGGCAAACACCGCGAGAUCUGAGGCGGCGGCCGUGACGAGGCCUCCCUCCGCCGGGUGGCGGGGAUGCUCUGUCCACGCCCCACCUCCGGCACCCGCCGUCCCCACGCCCGCCCGGCUCGCCGUGGCUGCAGGGGAAGUGUCCCGGCGCGGGUCUCCUGACGCUCGGACGGGCCGCGCUGGAGGGACGGAGGGAGGGGAACUGAGCGCCGACGGGUGCACCCGUCCCCGCCGAGGGGCUCGCGGGUCCGGAAGCGGGUGGCGUGCUGUGCGAACCGGCGGCCCCGCUCGGGGUGACGGGCGGGACCCUACAGGCCCGGCGAGCCGCGGGGCUGGUGGGCCUGAGGCGGAGGCAAGCGCCUGGCCUGCGGGGCCUGCGGGGCCUGCGGGGCCUGCGGGGCCUGCGAGCCGGACACACCCCCCUUGGAGCCCGGGGGCUGGGCUGGGCCGCGCCGCUCUGCGCCGAGGCUGCGAGCUACCGGGUGACCCGGGAGGGACCGCGGGACGGACGGCCCGGGCGGUGCGGUGCGGGAUUCGUCCUGGAAGCCGCGGGGACGCGAGCCGAUGUUUGGCUCGGGCGCUGGACUUUUCCUUGAGCGGCAGUCGGGGGCCGGAGAGAAAAUGAUCUAAAUAAUGCAAGGGAGUUGUUUCGAUUUUGACUGCACGUUCCUAGAAGUCCUAGAAGCAGAGCCAAAGACACUUAAGAUUUUAAAAGCUUGGGUCUCUAAUGAAGAGAAGCCUCAGACAGCUAUGCAGUGGACAAUUCUAUGAAAGAACUGAUGCCUUUAAAAAAAAUACUCUGGGGAUCUUGUAAGAAUCAAAGACCCCAGAUGAAAUGCUGAAGAACACGACAUCUUAAUGCAACAUGGAACCCCAACGUUCAUCUCUUUCUGGAAAAGAAAAGAAAAUGCUGUCCAACAGAACUGGUAGCAGACGAGAUUACACUGUAUAAACAGCAUCUGCACAGGGUGGACGGCGGUAGUCGCCAUCGAAGCUUAGGAGAGAGAGGAGGUUGUACUCUGCAGGGCGUGAACACAGGAGAAGCACACGGGCAAGUUUCAAGAGGAAGAUUACAUGUGGCAGAUGGAGGCAAGGCCAGAGGGUUCCAGGCAGCUGCAGCCUCAACAACGCAGGAGACGUGGGAGAAAUGCUUGAUUCGGUGUAUCUAUAGCCACGAAAGAUGUAAAGGGGGCAGAGCUACAUAAACCCGCAAAUGCUGAGCCUGGCCUGUUCUUCAGGCCAUGAGAGCGACGUGUGUUUAGAGCAGAGGAAGGACAUGAUUAAAUAAACGGUUCCUUAAGAUGGAUGUCCUUGCGGCUGUCAUACACCUCACCCGGCUUUUGCUGGACAAACCUGAAGAUUAAUCUCUAGGCCCACAUAAUAAAACUGAGGCAAUAAGGCAUGUGUCUCUAAGCCAAGCAAGGGAGGAGCAGAGAGACUGACCCCUGGGGUUUGUUGGUAAGCUAUGCAGGGCGUUGACCCCUCCCCCACCAAGGACACAGGAUUAGGGGUGGAGCCGCAGCUGAUAUAGCAGUGCAGCAGUCCAAGUGAGAGGCACUGAGCGGUUGCGGUGGCAUGAUCUGUUAUUUAUUAAUGAUCAUUUGUAAUGGCAUUUAACAAGUCUUGACUUAUAAGAUGGCGUAAGUAAUGAGCUGUGAUGUGCGCUCCUGGAAUCCUCGCACCUGUGAGGUGCAGACUGGCCAGGCGUUUGGCAGCAUCCUCAGUUCCGGUUCCAUGGUGACUUAGAGGGCAGUCUAACCCAAAACAUCUCAUUAAAUAAAAUAAAAAUCCACACCUCACAGAUUUGGGGACUUCAAAACAGGGUAGAUCUCAGUCUGAAAGACUUUCAAGUUCAACAAUACAAUCAACA